AUGUUCAACGUUUUCAGCACCAUACUUACAGUGUCAAGAUUCCACAAAGAUGCUUUCAAUGGCACCUGGGUUAAAUGUCUGGCGGGCAUCAAGGCAUGGUUCUUUCUUGAUCCGAGUGCCGAAGAAGGAGACUUCGAGACACCUGCUCCGGAGAACAUUCGGUGUAUCUUGCUAUUUCCUGGUGACGUUCUAUACAUGCCAGCAGGUCUUUCGGUACCGCAUGCCGUAGUCACUGUGUGCGGACCUUGUCUCAUGGCUGGAGGUCAAAGACUAGACAAAACAAGCCUUAUACCGCAACUCAAAGAGAUUUACAGGAUGAUGCGCGAGCCCAGCACUACCAACGAGGAUGUACCCAGAUCUGAGUUCAGAGCUAUAUUAAGUACCCUACUCACCCUCAUCAAGGAAGAUCCCAAGGACUUCGAAGAUCCAAAAGGCCUCAGAGAUACAAUCGUGAGUAUCCAAGCUUGCCUUCAAAACUAA